AUGAGUGACCGCUAUCUAGAGCAAAGGAUGAGUAUAAAAUUUUGCGUGAAAAGGAACAAGUCUGUAAGUGAGACCCACUACCUUUUAAAAGAAGCGUAUGGGACUGAGGUCAUGUCGAGGGCCAGAGUUUAUGACUGGCACAAAAGGUUUAAAGAAGGGCGGGAAGAUGUUCGAGAUAAUGCCCGGAGUGGCCGUCCAGUGACCCACCGAACAGAUGAAAAUAUCCAGAAGGUCAAGGACUUGGUUUAUUCAAACAGACAUUUAACAGUGAGGAUGAUGGCUGAAAAGUUAAAUUUAGACAAAGAAACUGUUAGACUUAUUCUGAAGGAAAACUUGAACAUGAGAAAAGUUCCUGCCAAGGUUAUAUCGGGUAUUCGGAAGGGUGAUCCUAAUCCUCGGAAACUUGACUUUCUUUCUGGUCAUUCCAAAGAAAGUAGGAAAAAUGGCUUGUGUCUGAAGAAAGAGAUAGUUAUUUGUGUUUUCUGGGUCUGCACGGUCGAUAAAUUUUCAAUGAGCAGUGA